GAAUUUGAUGCCCAGAUUAGAUUGCUUCUCUAUCAGGUAUCUUUUUGGUUGUUACAUGUUUCAAGAUAUGAAAUGUUGCGCAAGUUCUUUUUUAUUUUUUCUGAGAAAUUUGCAGCUUGGUUAAGCCGCAUGCUCCUUCUCAACCGCACUUACAUCAAGUGCAGGCUAAGAGGAUUCAUUGAAAAAGAAAACUCAUGCUUAGAUUCUGAAAAAGACCAGCUGUUCCCAUCUGGAGAUUCAUCACCAGUGUCCUGGAUUGUCCUCCUUCACCACCAAUUUGAAGUGUUCUACACACAUUUUCGCACAAUGGCAUUUCCAUUUAAUGUAACGGAAGAAUCUAUCCAUGACAACCAUCUCUCUUCCAUCGUUCGUAUUGGAGAUGUGUAUGACAACGUCAGGAUCCAUCGAAAAAUGGUUCCCCCUACUGGUGAAAGUGUGGAAAAGUUUCUGAAUUCUUCUAAAAUACCAGAAAUAUCCCCUCUAGUUGAUAAUAAGUUAACACGAAAUCUUAUCAAUGGGUUGAUUGCCCUUAUUUGCAUUUUAGGCCUGGUAGGUAAUGGAAAGACAAUUUACCUCUUGGCCUUUUCCAUUAAGAAGAAUCCUUUCACCACGUUCAUCCUGAACCUCUCCAUCGCUGAUUUUGGGGUCCUCACAUCCAUCAUCAUGGCAGCUAUAGUUGUGGCGGUCUCAACCCUUUAUGCAGAAACUUACAUUGUCCAAACCUUUUUCUUUUUGUUUUUUGAGCUCUUUUCCUUCACCUAUUCUGCUAGCCAGUUUUUGCUGAUGGCCAUCAGCCUGGACAGGUGCGUGGCAGUCUUCUUCCCUCUCUGGCAUCGCUGCCAUCGUCCACAAAAUCUGUCCACUCUUGUUUGUAGUUUCAUCUGGAUCUUCUCCUUCCUGCUUUCUGUACUGCACUACAUUCUGUAUCAAACCAACAGCUUUGGACGUUCACCUGUGCUUUACCAGCUGAUCGUGAAUGGUUUACUUUGUACGCCUCUCAUGGUUGUGUCCACUGUGACUCUCUGGAUUCAUAUGUGGUCUAAAUCUCAACACAAUCAAAGGAAACUCCUCACCACUAUCUUGCUGUCUCUCCUCUUCUUCCUCCUUCUUUCUCUCCCAAUCGAUGUCUUAUAUGUCGUUUAUUAUUUUGGAUUCCAUCCUGCUUUCCUCUUGACCACUGGGAUAGGAUGUGCCACUCUCAACAGCAGCAUCAACCCGCUCCUUUAUUUCUUAGUGGGGAGGAAGAAGAGAGGAAAGGAUCAGCCCAGAGCAUCGCUGAAGAUGGCUCUGCAAAGAGUCUUCAGGGAUGAACAGGAGAGCUCAGAAGGGCAGCAAAGUACAAAGAAAGAAUGUUUGUGAAGCGUUUCUAUCACUGUACAUUCAUGUUUGAAAGCCAUAAAUUAUAUGGGUGUUCAAUAAAAAACACAAUUUAUUCAACAAAGUAGAUAACCGCCAAACAAUACAAAAAGGAAAUAUUGCUGCAUUAAUAAUUUCCAAAGUGAAGAUAUUGAUACAGAAAAUGCCUGACUUCAUAUAAAUUCUUUUUUAUAUCAUAACAUGAAAUUACAUGUCUGACUUCAUAUAAAUUCUUUUUUAUAUCAUAACAUGAAAUCAAAUGUUUGACUUUGUAUAAAUUCUUUUUUGUAUCGUAAUUACUAUUAGGAAUACUUCUUAGUGAAUAUUUCUUUUUCUAAAAAAAUGUAACUUUUAUUGUAUUUGCUUUUAAUCCUGAAGUACUUGGUAGAAGAACAUAUGACUUCUCUAAAAACUUGCAAAUUUGUCUGCGUAAUGAAAGAAAAGGGAAAAACAUGUACACAAUAUAUUUCCUGAAAUAAAAUGUGACAGUUUUGAUCCUCACACAUUUCAGGCGUAAUGUUCAUUUAUAUUUAAUAACAGUUCAUUAUUAAUAAUUUUCAUUUGUUGUAUUUUUUUUUAGUAUUCUUUAAAGAUAUGUAGGUUCUAUUACUGUAAGCCUUUUUUUCCUGCCAUUCUUUUUGGGACCUUUCAAGUCAUUAUUUCUAGUUGGCACCGAAACUCACCUAUUAAGUUCUAAGAACGUAAUAAACCUUUCUGUUCAUUCAUAAACUUCAUCUUGGUUUGUAUUCUGUAUGGCUACUUUUGAAUUAGUCCUCAACUUACGACGGUUAAUUUAGUGACUGUUCAAAGUUACGACACUGAAAAAAGUGAUUUUUUUUUACAAUUAUGACCAUGGUCAUGUGAUCAAAAUUCAGCCACUUGGCAACUGACUCAUAUUUAUGAUGGUUGCAGUG